AUGGCCACGGUCACCACCGGUGAAAGCACCGGUGAAAGCACCGGCCUCAACGGCAGCGCGAACUCAAACACGCUCAGUCCGCUGGCAACAGAGGUGCCAGGAGCCAGCAAGAACAUCAUGGCCAGGUUCUGGUACAGUUGCGCUGUCUUCUGCGCCGCUGCCCUGCUGCUGCCUUUGUUGACGCAGCAUUUGGCAGACGACCGCAGUGGGGAGGACCCUGAAGCCGAGGAGAACACUGGAGGACCUUCGCAGUCUCUGCAGUUGGGGGUGACUUUCUUCGCCAUCGCAGUGAUGGUUUGGACUUUCAUCGCUGCGUGGUUCUGCUACAACAGCCCCUUGCUGCUCUCAGAUGCUUCGCUGGGGCGUGGCAAACAGGGCCUUGAGGCCCAGCUGGAUGUGUCGCGCAGCGUGCUCCAACGAGUGGCACAAGGCUUUGCGGAUUUCAUCGUGGAAAAUAGCAAGAGAGAGGAUAGGAUGGGAUGCAACGGGGAGGCCACCAGCUCCCUUCGCGGCCUGGACCUGGCGAAGUUCGAGGAGUUGGUGGCGGUGGCGCCGGCGGCCGCGGCCUCGGCCUUGUACGGCUACAAGGGGUCGACGCCGACGCCGGAGAUGUUCACCAAGGAGUGCAGCUCCUGCAGCAAGUUGGCGGGCUGCAGUUGCCAGGUCCCCGUUUCCGGCGGAAACGGGGACCCCACGACUGUGCCACAGCUGGAUGCGCCACAUCUGAGUUUGUUCAAGGAGCUGCUGAGGGAUCGCCUAGUGGCCAACUUGAUGUUUCAGUUUGAAGGUGGACAGAAACUCGGCGAGGGCUCUGAGGGAAGCAGCUGGCUUGGUGGCAAUCUAAGACUACCUUCCAGAUGGUUUGCUGCAUCCACUGAGCCGCAGCUAAGUGGUGUGGGCGAUGAGUUGGAGAAGCUGCUCUGGGAGCUUCUCUGGUCGGGGGACAUUUGUCCAGACGAAUCUUCGGGCGCGCUCGGUGACCGAAAGGAUGAUGUGCCCUUUGCGGCCAGUAUGGCGGAUCAUGCUCGCGCCAUUGGUGACAAAUGUUUCAAGGAGGAGCAGUUUGUAGCAGCCGUGCACUGCUACGAGGUGGCUACCUUGCUGUGCCCUUCAGGACCUUCAUCCCCGUUCCGUGAGCAACUGGCCAGUGGCCACUGCAACUGCGCACUGGCCUGCCUGAAGCUUCGGAGAUAUGGCGAUGCCAUCAGCGAAUGCCAUGCGGCCUUGGUCUUGGUGCCCUCUAUGCAGUUGACGCUCAAGACGCUGCACCGCCUAGCCGCGGCCCACGUGUGCCUGAAGAACUCCUGGGAAGCCGUGCGGUGUUUGAGGAACUGUUUGGACCUGGAACCCGACAACGUCCACGUGCAGAAGCUCUUGCAGGCCGUCGAGAGCUCGGCGAGCUUGGAGAAGGAAGUGAUCGAGGAUCGAAGUGAACUGGUUUGGGCUGAUCUUUGCAUCCAAGGCCGCGACAAGGCCCGGCGCCGGCGGAAGAAGAAGUGCGGCGAGCGCGACGCGGAGCGGCACCUGGAUCGGGAGGCCGGGCUGUGGCACAGCGUGGUGGCGCAGAAUUCCAAGCUCUACGUUUUUGGAGGUCUCCCGAGCGGCCGCGAUGCCGAUGGCGCUGAUGCCCCUGGUGCUUUCGGGUCGUUUGGACCCAACCAGAUGGAAACCAGUGGCGGGUCGGAGGAGUUCCAUGCAUUGGACCUGGAGACUUUGGAGAUGGCAGCUGGAUCCAAAGCUCCGCAGCCUUCCUAUUGUCAUACAGCCACAGUGGUGGACAACAGCAUGCUGGUCCUGGGAGGAAGUGUGGAUGGCGUGCUGGUCUACGACUUCCUGGACUCCAAAUGGCGCAGCCCAGAAACCACCGGAACCGGCGGCGGCACCGGCGCCGGCCCGGGACGGCGGCAGGGGCAUUCGGCGACAGCGCUGCAGCGACAGCUGUGCGUCUAUGGAGGAAUCGAGUUGAUGGAACAAGGCAAUGGCCGAGUUUGCAAUGACGCAUACCUUCUGGAUACGGAGUCCUGGGCUUGGCAAAAGUUGGACUGCACGGGCAUCAUACCGCCAGCACGGUUCGGCCACACGGCAACCCAGCUGCCAGAUGCCUCGCUACUGGUGGUGGGAGGCCGGGAUCAGAUGACCUCAUGCAGGGACCUGGUCCGCGACCACAGUGGCCUUCAUAUCUUGGAUGUGGAGAAGCAUGCCUGGAGCGAGCAAACCUUUACCGGAACCCCUCCGGAGAAGGUCUUUGGGCAUGUCGCUUGCCUUUGGACCCCUCGAAGCCUUCUCCUGGUGUCCGGGGAAGCCAACGACAAGCCGCAAGCCCCAGGUGGUGUGGAGCUGUUCAUUCUGGACCUGGAGAAGUGGUGCUGGAGCCAUCCCUUGGUACAGGGUGCUGCGCCAGCCUGCCGCCUGGGCAUGGGUGGUGCAGCCUUUGGCUGCCUGGGUGAGGCUGUGAACGAGCGCCGCCUCUACCUCUUUGGGGGCGUGGUGCUGCGAGGGGAGCAGGUUAUGGUGGACAGGACGGUCUACAUGCUCGAGACGGUGGAGGCAAAAGAUGCGAAGGCGGCAGCUGCUGCCAAAGAAUUGGACGAUGCGCCCGCGGUGGAGCUUGACAAUGAGGUCGAACAGGAGAUCACCGGGAUCACCGCCUUCCCCGACAUUCCAGAGCUGGUGGGCGACAUUCCCACAGACCUGCCAGACGAGGGUGACCAAAACGAGGAGGUGGAAGACGAACCGGAGCUCAGUUUUGAGGAGCUGUUGGAGCAGGAGUUCGUCGCAAGGACAACCGUCAGGGCAAGAAAUCGGGACAGAAAUCCGGAUGACAGGGGCCACGGGACGCGAGUUCUGCCUUGCUUCCGCGGAAAACGUGCGGUCACAGUCCGGGGUCUCCUCCCGGCCCGGGGCCGAAAUCGGACCAUGGAAUUCAGUCCGGAUCCGCCGGGUUUGUUGACCAACGGCUUUGCGUUUCGUGGGAAAACGGGGCCGGUGGUCGUGGCUGUUUUUUUCUUGGUGGGGCAUCGGAACACGGAUGAACUGAUGGCAUAUGAUGGAGGGAUUGAAGGUGCAGAGUUGGCAGAGAUCGAGGUCCAAAGGCGAGAGAUCUGUGGCAUAGGGUCCCAAUCCGUGGACAAGUCCAGCCAUGACCCAUCACCAAGUGGGAAGCUCAGCUGGUUGGCAUGUUGGCAAAGCAAGCGCCGCUUGGAACAGGGGGAUGUGACCGAACUCUCGCGCUUGUCCUUCCUGGUGACCGAAGAGGAUGUGCAGCCCCAGCUGACUCGGCGCCGCCCGGGGCAGAGUUCCCUGACCACGGCGCGGAAUGAGACGGACACCGUGACCAUUUUGUCCGGCACGGAGCGUCGAUCCGGGGAUGGUGGGAGAUUGGGGGAGAGGGGCUUGACCCUGGGCACUCCCAUUGCCAUGAUGGUCCGAAACCAGGACCAACGGAAGUUCGACUACGCCAACACCUCUGCAGCGCCCCGGCCGGGGCAUGCAGACUACACUUACCAGGUUAGAUUGCUGGAGGGUCAUGACAAGCCUUGGGUGAAAUACGGCACCCGCGCCUCCAGCGGUGGCGGCCGCGCCAGCGCACGCGAGACCAUCGGCCGGGUGGCGGCGGGGGCCGUGGCAGAGAAGUGGCUACUGCAGGAGCAUCAGCUGAAGAUUGCUUGCUGGGUUAGCUCCAUCAUGGACAUUGAUCUGCCCAAGGAUAUUGCCAAGGUUCUUGAGAGCGAUCCGCCCAGCCGCGAAGAGAUUGAUACCUUUGGGACCCUGGCAGAGGAUGAAGAAAAGGAGUACUUCAUUGACAUGUUCGGUCAGAAGUAUUCCCGGAAGGACGGAGAACCACUAUCGCCCGGUCCCGAAGGCAAGAGCUUUGCGGACGGCAAGAAACUCUACACGCGAUGUCCCCAUCCUCCAACCGCAGCCAAGAUGGCAGCGCGCAUUCAACAGCUUCGGAAGGAGGAGGACUCCACGGGAGGUGCUGUCACCACCGUGGUCUCUGGAAUGCCUGUGGGGCUUGGAGAGCCCUGCUUUGACAAACUGGAGGCAGAGCUAGCCAAAGCGAUGCUGUCACUGCCGGCCACCAAAGCAUUUGAGAUUGGGGAUGGCUUCGAGUCCUGCAGCGCCCGUGGCUCGCAGAACAACGACCUCUUCAGCAAAGGUAGCAACGGGCUCCUGAAGUGCAAGACGAAUCACGCAGGGGGCACCCUGGGUGGCAUCACCAGUGGGGAGUUGCUGGUCUUCAGGGUAGGCAUCAAACCUGCCUCCUCCAUCUCGCAGGAUCAGGAGACCUGCACCUUCGACGGUGAGCCCCACGUGCUGUCGGUCAAGGGGCGCCACGACCCAUGUGUGCUGCCACGGGCUCCGCCUCUGGUGGAGGGGAUGACGGCCAUGGUGCUGAUGGACGCGGUGCUGCGUCAACGCGCGCGCAUGGGGGCACCCUGCAAGACGCUGGGAGAACUGGGCCACGGCCAAGGGACGGCGGCCAAGCGCUUGGCUGUGCCUUGCUUGGGGCUUUGGGGAUGGAUCCGUGGAGUUACCAUGAAAGAUGAGGGAUUGAACUGGGGAUACCAUCUGGUAAACUAA